UCAAUAAAUUUCCCCCCCACCCUUUCACUGCUUAUUAAACAUGAAUACCGUAAUCCUUAAAGUGCUACUAGACCCAGGACCCUGCAUUCACUAUAUCUGGUCUCCCACAGACCCUGCAUUCACUAUAUCUGGUCUCCCACAGUACACAGAACAAGGAAAAGCAAUUAUUUAAGUGAAUAUAAACUGCAAAAUACCCUUUCUCAUCAGCAGUUAGAGCAGUCUUGUGACUUCUAUCAGUGUC